GCUGGAGGAAGUGUUGAGAGUACACACACCACUGAGAGAGAGAGAGAGAGAGAGAGAGAGAGAGAGAGAGAGAGAGAGAAAAGAAACAACAUGAGCUUUCUGCUGCAAAUUCUUCUUGCUUUGUUUAUCUCUCUGCUUGGGGGACUUUACCUCCUUGGAGCCUUUCGUCGUCGAAGGUCUGGAGAACCUCCUCUGGAUAAAGGUCCUCUUCCAUGGCUGGGACACGUCCUGGAGUUCAGGAGGGACACUGCAAAGUUUCUAGAGAGGAUGAGAAAGAAGCACGGGGAUAUUUUCACUGUGCAGCUGGGAGGGUUUUAUUUCACUUUCCUCACAGACCCACUGUCCUUCGGCUCGGUGGUUAAAGAGGCCCGGGCCAAACUGGACUUUAAUGAGUUCGCUAAGCACCUGGUCCAGCGUGUUUUUGGUUACCAUCCCUUAGAAGAUGACCACAAGCUCAUUCAGGCAUCCAGCAACAAGCAUCUGAUGGGUGAUGGCCUGGUGGUGAUAACACAAGCCAUGAUGAACAACCUACAGAACCUCAUGUUGCACAACAUUGGGCCUGGAAAUGAUGAUGACCGACCGUGGCAGGAGGAUGGGCUUUUCGCUUACUGCUAUAACAUUGUGUUCCGAGCCGGAUAUCUGGCGCUUUUUGGAAAUGAAGUAAGCAAAACUGCAGGAAGCGUGGAUAAAGCAAAGGAAGUCGACCGAAUGGAGUCAAAUGAGCUCUUUUAUGAGUUCCGUAAAUAUGAUCAACUUUUCCCAAAGCUGGCCUACGGAGUUCUGGGACCUUCUGAGAAAAUGGAAGCAGAGAGACUGAAGAAGCUUUUCUGGAAAGUCCUCGCUGUGGAGAAGGUGAACACCAAAGAGAACAUUAGCGGCUGGGUAUCUGAAUCACAGCAGAUGCGUGCCGAGCGUGGAAUGCAUGAGUCCAUGCUGGACAGAUACAUGUUCCUGCUCCUGUGGGCAUCCCAGGGUAACACAGGUCCUGCAUCAUUCUGGCUUCUUCUCUUCCUCAUGAAGCACCCAGAGGCCAUGAAAGCGGUGAAGAGCGAGGUCGAUGAGGUUCUGCAUGAAACCGGACAGGAGGUGAAGCGUGGUGGCCCGCUGAUUAACCUGACCCGAGACAUGCUUCUCAAAACCCCGGUUCUGGACAGUGCAGUGGAUGAGAGCCUGCGCAUGACGGCUGCUCCUGUGCUUACACGAGCCGUUCUGGAGGACAUGAGCCUGAAAAUGGACAACGGCCACGAAUACAAGAUCCGCAAAGGUGACCGUGUGUCCCUCUUCCCCUACACUGCUGUCCAGAUGGACCCAGAGGUGCACCCUGAUCCACACACCUUCAAGUACAACCGCUUCCUCACACCCGACGGCAGAAAAAAGACAGAAUUCUACAAAGGAGGAAAGAAAGUGAAGUACUACAACAUGCCGUGGGGUGCCGGGGUCAGCAUGUGUCCCGGGAGGUUCUUCGCCAUCAACGAGCUCAAGCAGUUCGUCUUCCUCAUGCUCACAUAUUUUGACUUUGAGUUGAAGAACCCAGAUGUAGAGAUUCCAGACAUCGAUGUGAGGCGGUGGGGAUUCGGGACGAUGCAGCCAACGCGGGACAUCCCGUUCAGAUACAGGCUCAGGUUUUAGACAAUGCAACUGUUCGUAUUAUUAACAUCUCGCAUUUUACCUUCAUGCUAGGUCAGAGUUGAUUACUAUUAUUAUUUUUAGUAUUAUUAGCUUUGAUAAUCAUUUGUAGAACUUCUUCUACAUCCAACUUUCAGAAAGAAAAAUAACACAUUGUUUAUUAUUUUUAUUAUUAUUAUAUUCUAAGCCUUGUUUAAAGAAAGUCUUAGCCACAACAAUCCAUCCUUAUCGGUGCUCGAGGAAUAUAUUUUCCCUAGAUUAGACAAUUUCCUUCUUCAGUCUGUAUAUAAAUGCUACAACAUUUCAGUUUUAUUUUGGAUGAUGAGUUUUGGAUGAAUAAAGAUAAUACUAUCAUUAUUUUUACUCUAGAUGUUUAUUAUAACAAAUAUGAUUUGGAAAAGGUGAAAUAAAAAUAUUGACUUUGCACUAA